CAUUUUCUUUUCUUGCCUCACAUGGAGCAAGACAUACGAAACACAAGGGACACGUCUCAGGAAAGGGACUUUUUCCGGUCCUUAGACAAUCUUGAUUUUUCUAACACUAUAGUAGAUCUUGUCGAGGACUGGAAACCUCUGUUGCAUAGUCUGUCGACUACCUCAUUUAAACCAGCAGUUGACAAUGCCGAACCAAGUGCAGCAGAAAAGUAUUCGAAUCUUAAAAUGCCAAUCUUUGACGUUAAUUGUUUUACCGACUAUAUAACAGUAAAAAAGCCUGACGCGAAUGUUCAGAAAGACAUGACCAACAAAAGUAGGGAUUUGGACAACAAGAGUAAGGACAUGGCCAACGAAAAUAAAGACACGGCUGACGGGAGUAGAGAUGGCUUCUGUGACGUUUGCAACAAAGACUAUGUCUCGAAAGUUAGCCUACUUAUCCAUAAAAAGUUUAAACACCUGUAUGCGUUCAAUUAUACCAAACCAAGAUCCUCGUUUGAUACGACUAAUCCUUAUUAUUGCAACCUUUGUCAUCAAACGUUCACGGCACGCAGCUAUCUCCAGCACAGUAAAACAACCCAUCAACGAGGGCAUCAUAAAAGUAAAAAGCCAUAUGUUGAUUCUGGUUUCGGAUGUGACAUAUGCAACAAAGUAUUAAAGUCAGAGCGUGGCCUGAAAUUACACAUCAGGCGCAUGCAUCUACCCAAAUCGUCUAGAAUUGCAGCCGAAUCUGCCUCUGAGGCAAAACGUCCAUCAAAGUUGGUAUUUUCUUCACCGGUGACGAUUAAUGACAGAAGUGACUUGAAUAUGACCGCCGCAUCCACUCAAUCAGCGACUGUAACGAGCACAUCACAGGAAUACGACAGUGAUUUUGAUGAUUUUCGAGAUGCUGAUCUGCCCAAAUAUACCAAGGAUUUUUUAAGCAAGCAUCGCAAGAAACCUGAAAACAAAGCCUUUGGCAAUACACUCCAAGCAACGACAGUGAAGCGAGUCAGGUUACUUGUGCGAGAUCCUACAACAAAAAACAAGGUGCAAACCUUGAAAGACGUACCAGAAAAUACCCAAUUCUCGACUACUAAUACACCCCAAGUUGAUCAAGAAAUACCCUCUGAAGUGUUGAGCGCGGCAGAAAACCCUUUGAAUGAAGUAACAGAGAGCACUCAUCAAAAGGCAUCGGUCGUCACUGAAAGUUACACCCAGUCAAUUCAAAACGCAUCGUCUGUCGAAACAGCAGAAACAGAAACAAAGAAUGGAAAACCUGCGACUCAAAUUUCCGGUCUAACGGGACAAAAUGCUAUGGAUAUCAAAGCAAAAGUACCGAAAAAGAUAUCUUCAUCUUUAAAUCCAACAAAAAAGGGGAAUGUUAGAUGUAAUUCCAAGCCAACGAAAAAUGAUGAAGUGACUACAGAAAACUUGACCAAUGAUACAAUAUCUUCACCAACAUCUUCUUCUCCACCAACAUCUUCUUCUCCACCAACAUCUUCUUCUCCACCAACAUCUUCUUCUCCACCAACAUCUGCUUCUUUACCAUCAGUUUCAUCGGAAAAACUUGUAUUGUCAUCAAGAGUGGGAUCUCCAUCGAAAGUUGCAUCUCCACCAAAAGUUCCAUCCUCAUCAGCCGUUGCUUCUCCACCAAAGGUUGCAUCACCACCAAAAGUUGCAACUUCAUCAACAGUUGUAUCUCGACGAAAAGCUGGCACCCGAUUAACAGCUGUGUCUCCAUUAAAGGUUGUACCCCGAGCAACUCGCAAAUCUCGACCUUUGACAUCGAAGAAGGAUAAUGAUACAGUUAUACCUAAAGAGUCGUCGCAACGCAUUUUUUCUAAAUGCAAAUUAGGGAAUAUGGCGCUAUACAAAUUGAACCAACACGUUUCAGAGGCUCAUAGUACGACUCGUCACUGCGUACCUUGCGAUAAGUAUUUCGAGAAGAGGUCUGAAUAUUGUGAGCAUCGUGUAACUUUCCACGAAGCCAAAAUCGAAUGGAUCCUUCAAAAUGAUAUUCGCUGUGAAUGUGAUGGAACAUUUUCGACACUCACCAAUUACCGCAAUCACGCAUACUUAUCCCAUUCCCAACACACACCGGAUCCGACCAGUCCAAGUCUGUUCUGUCAUGCCUGUUCAAUUACAUACCCUACGCAAACUCUUUAUAUGCAGCAUAUGGAACGUAUUCAUAAUAUAAUGAUUGAACUCACUUCAGUCAAAAACAAUACGUUUUUCUUCACCUACUCUAUCGAUCCACCCCUUUCCAGAAGUAAAAAGUCCAAGAGAACACUUCCUUACACACCAACCGAAUCCAAAAUUUCCAAGCAAAAGACAUCAGGCAAAAUUACAACUACUGCUAAAGUCAAAUCCAAAACGGGGCCCUAUCAAAAAUAUACAUAUACUUCCUUCUUGAGCAAACGAUCAGCCUAAAUAAAAUGUAAUAAAGAGCUAAAUAUGGUUUCUUUUUUUAUUGA